AUGGCCGGCCCAUCCUCCAAACCCCACCGCCCCCCGCCGGCCCUGCAAAAGAGCCUCAGUCGCCGCGUCUCCUUCAACGAGUCCACCAUCACCGGCGGCAAACCCCACGCCCGUCCCCCCAUCUCCGACUUCGACGCCGAGUCCCAAUUCUCCUCCGCCGCCUCUGCCGGCGGAGGCGGCGCCACCCGCCGCCGCAACCGCUUUUGCGGGUCAUGCUGCGCGUGCUUCUCGAUCGCGGCAGCCGUCCUCCUAGCCGUGGCCCUUCUCGGCGGCGGCAUCUACUUCGCCUUCCUCCAGUCGAACCUCCCAGAGGUUCGGUUCCAGCGGUUGGACGUUAGCAACAUCACGAUCGACGGGGAGACGCUGAUGGCGGCGUCGUUCGACGCGCGCCUCAACGCCACCAACGGGAGCGGCCGGGUUGAGCUUCGGUACGUCGAGAUGACGGCGGAGGUCUCGUCGGAGGGGAUCGAGUUUCCAGGGGUGCGACUCCCGGACCUCCGACAGUCACCGCAUGGGACGUCAGAGAUCAGGGUGAGGGCAGCGGCGCGACGGAUGGUCGUGGAGGAAGCGGCGGGGAAGGACCUCAAGGAGAAGGCGACGAUGAGGGUGUUGGUGGUGAGCGUGGUGGUAAGGGGACAUAUAUCAUACCAUUUCGGAGGGAGGCAGAUCGACGGCUUGCCGUUCAAGAUUGACUGUCACAGCAUCGAUCAAACGGAGAUCGACAGCGGGCACGCGCCGCGGUGCAACACCAAAUUGAGCCCCAUCGGAUGA